AUGGAAACCGCGACGAAUGUGCCGGCUCGCCUGGAAGACUACGUGGGCUUCUACGGCGAUCCGUUCGUGACCCUACGAGACUUUGACGACGGCGACGAUGUGACACCCAGCCUGGCUCUCAGCAAAGGAAAAUCAGCUCAUAGUCUCUCCGAUGAAAGUGAUAUCACAGAGACAAAUCCAGUCCAAGAGAACGACGAGGAGGCCGAGUGGACUAGAUACAACCCGCCGGCAUCUCUCAAAACGGCCCCAAACCUCACUAACACAGUAGCCCUCGAGAUCCUCCAGCUGUCCAUCCAAAACCUCGAGGCGAGAGCCGCCGAGGAGAAUCGUCGCCGCCAGCUAGAAGAAGAUGAGAAACAGCGAGAAGCCGAAGCAGAAAACGCAACCGAUGACGGAGACGGCACGGUUAAGGAGCCAUAUCUGCCCAUCAUCAUCACCCCCGACGGAAGACCCGAACCGUCGUCGGCGGUCGAAACAGGACAUGAUGGUGUCGAGGACCUCAAGCUGUUUCCAGAAAUGACGGGAGCGGGCGAUGGUAGCACGUUGCCUCAGGGGCUCGUCGUCUUGCCAUUUCAACCCAAGAAAAGGAGCCGCUUCGCCUUGGCGAGAAUCUUGCAAAAGAUGAGUGAAAAGGAUGCUGCGAAGAAGACGUUUCGUUUUGGCGGCAACUCGAGCAAGACGAGCUUAGAGGCAGCAACAGCGUCUGAUGAACCUGCUACUGUGACGGAGAAGCAAAAGAAAGCUCCCGUUACUGUCGAAUGCGUCUCAUGCCUCGACGACUUCAGCCCCAAGAAAGCGAUCAAACUCACAUGCCACAGCUACUGCCGCGACUGCUUCGAGCGCCUCAUCUCCACCGCCGUCCAAAAUGAACACCACUGGCCUCCCAAAUGCUGCCUCAACCCGAUCCCAACCCGUACCGUCCACCGCCACAUCUCCACCGAGCUCUCCAAAACCUGCAAAGACCGCGCUGUCGAGUGGGCGAUCCCCAUCGCCGACCGCACCUACUGCGCCGACCCCUCCUGCGGCGUCUGGGUGCGCCCAGAACACGUCGACGGCGCCUCGCGCCGAGCCCUGUGCCGCGGCCCCAACGGCAGCCACCUCACAUGCAGCAUCUGCCGCGGGCCACACCACGCCGACGACGCGGACUGUCCGCUGGACCGCGACCUCGCGCUGACGAACGCGCUGGCCGAGGAGGAAGGCUGGCAGCACUGCGGCCGGUGCCAGGCGCUCGUCGAGCACCGCGAGGCGUGCCAGCACAUGACGUGCCGGUGCGGCUACCAGUUCUGCUACGUCUGCGGCCUGCGAUGGCGGACGUGCGCGUGUACCAUGCAGCAGCUCGAGACCAUCAAGACGGGAGCCGCGGCGCGGCGGGCAGAGAGGGCGCGGCUCGAGGCCGAGGCCGAGGAGGAGCUCCGCGACGCGCUACGGCAGAUUGAGGAGUUUGAGAGGGAGGAGGCGCUCAAGGCUGAGCUGCUCCGUCUCGAGAUGGAGAGGCUUGAGGAGGAGGCGCGGAUGGCGGAGGAGGAGGAGCGGGUUCGGCUCGAGAGUCUGCGGCGGUACGAGGUCGAGGUGCGGUACCAGGAACUUCGGGAGCUGCUGGACCAGAUCCACGAUCUGCAGGAAUUCCUGGUGCGGUACCAGCACGAUAAAGAAAAGGAGCUCGCAGCCAACGAGGCACAGACGUCGACGGCGGAGCUGGCGUCGAAGCAGGAAGCCGAGCAGAAAGCUCUCAUCGAGACGGCGGCGGAGAAGCUGGCGACGAAAGUCAAGAGCUUAACGACGGAGUACGGCGCCCGCGUGCUGGCGGAGCAGAGGACGGAGGAGACGUACCUGCGGCAGCUGGAGAGUUUCUUCGCGGACCGCCCUUCGAGCGAGGCGCGGAUCGAGGCGCUGAUGCGGGAUUUCCGCAGGGAAUUAGAUAGGGGUUGGCGGGCGUGGGAGAGGUGGCGGGACGAGGAGGUGGCGCGGUAUAAGAGCAAGGUAGAAGAGGAGCGGACGAUCCGGGAGGAGAUUAUGUAUAGCGUCCGGAAGCGGCACGAGGAGAGACUCGAGAGGGCGCUGGCGGAGCUUGAGAGGAGGCAGGCUGCUGAGAUUAAAUGGGUUACGUUGGUUGUUGCCGAGAGGACGCGGAUACUGGGUGAGAGGGAGAGCGCGGAACUGGAGGGGGAGGGUGUGGAGAGGAAUGAGGCUUUGGUCGGGGAGAGGGACGGGGAGGCCGGGGAUAGUUGA